AUGGGAACCAUUAAGAGGUGCCGGGAUAAGCGCCAGAGCCGCAUCGACUUAUUUGCCUGCAUCUGUGAGAAAGGCAUUUUUAAAUAUUUCUGCUUUUCCUCUUCUGCCACACUCUUCCCCCCUCCCCUUCCCCCCGCUCUACCUUCCCGCCCCUUCUCCCCCCCUCCACCUCCCCACUCCUCCCCGUCCCCGCCUUUCCUUUUCCCGCCCUCAACCUCCCUUCCCAUCGGCGUUUCCGUUGCUUGCUCUCCUUGCGCAUGGUCCAUCCGUUGCAGAUCGGCGGAGGCGCAGCGCACCUUCCCCGUGCGCACCGCAGAUUCCACCGCGAGGGUGGCGGCAUGCGAGAAGAGAGGCGACUUGCGUCGCCGCGUAUGCUCGUCCGGGGAACUCGCGGCGUUCGUGCGAUCUCUCAACGCGCAGACAGGCGGGACGGUCCCCUCGCAGCUAGUUACCAGCAGCAGCAGCGGCAGCGGAGGAACAAGCGAUGAUGGCGGGAUCUGGGGCGGGAGUAUCGAGGAUAGCCUGCUAGACCCCGUCAACUGCAAUAGCUCCUCGCCGCUGUUAGGAUGCCUCCCGGGCUUCGCUAGCCCCAUCGCUGCGCCUCCCCUUAACUCUACCUCCGCUAAAUCCCCGCGCUCCGCGUUCCCCGCUGUCCCCCCUUCCGCCUCCGCGGGGUCGUUCUCGUCCCCACUGGCGUGGAUUUUCGCGUACGAGUCCGGGUCCGCCGCACUCGCCCGCCACGAGCUUCCGCCAGCGCCCCCGCGCGAGGACCCGCCGUCCGCCUGCUGCGCGGGGUUCUUCUGCCCCGCGGGUCUUGCGUGCAUGAUACCAUGUCCCGCGGGGUCGUUCUGCCCGUCGCCGGUGACGCCUCAAGGCUUCUCCUGCACCCCGUACUCCUACCCGCCAGUGCUGCGCUCCACCACGCGCAUGAGCCGCCCGCUGUGCGGGGGAGCGGACCAGUGGGGCGCAGUGCCCGCGCACCCCGUGGGGAGCAGCCCCUCCUUGCGCGCCUUCAACGGCUCCUCGCUCCCCUUCUCUGCUGCGUCCUCUGCUUCCUCGUCUGCUGUGUCUUCUGCUGCGGCGGCGGCUGCUGCUGCUGCGUCGUCCUACUCGUCGUGGCUGCCUGUGCUGGCGUGCCCCGAGGGGUACUUCUGCCCUGAUGCGGCCAGUAUUAAGCCGUGCCCGCCCGGAAACCGUUCUGCUACUCUGAUCCCCACUCCUCCCGCUGCUGUCUUCCGUCCCAACCAACCCCCUUCCUUCCCUCCCCCUCCUCUGUGCGCCACCUCACCGUACACGCGUCACCAUGGGCAGUCAGAUGCAGUUGCCGGAUCAGUUCGUCCUGACCCUCUGUCUCACUCGCUUCUCCUCCCCCCGUGCUUCCUCCUCUCCGUGCGCCCCCUUGAGCGGGCGCGCAGAGCAGCGGCGGAGGCGCGUUCCCCCCACUGCCUGCUGCCCUCCCCCCGCUUCCACGGCAGGGGGGUGGCGGGCAGGGGCAGGGGGGGCGCGGGGAAGCGGUGCGGGGACUGGGGAGAGGGGAGGGGCUGGGGGAGAAUUGGUGCAGGCGGGGGAGGGGCAGGCGGGGAGGUGAGGGGUUGUUGUGACUCUGCUGGUGGUGAGGGGGGAGUUGGUUCUGGUGCGGUGGGAGUGGGUGCAGUGUGGUGGAGGCGGGUGGUGGCGCUGGUUGGAGCGCCUGUGAGGAGGGUGUGUGGGGCGAAGCUUGCGUUCCUGGGGUGCCGUGUUCACCACGCGUUCGUGCCGCUGUCGCACCCGGAUUUGCUGGAGUCGCGCGCGUCUUCCCGCACCUCCUUCUCCUUCACGGAAUGCCAACCCGCAUGCGCGUCCCUCCACUCCACUCCCCCCGUCCACCGCGCGCACCCCCCGCACUCCGCCCUCCCCGCGCGCGCCAGCCACGCGGGCGCGGGGAAGGCGGACGAGGGGGAGCGCGCGGAGGAAGGGGAACGGCCGUACGUGGGCAUCGCGGGGGGCGGCGGAGAGGGGGGAGGAGAGCGGGGAGCGGGGGGUGCGGAGGUUACGGUGGUGGUGGGGAUGCAAGGGGGAUUGCUGGGGGAGGGCGGAGGGGAGGCGGUAGCGGUGGAUAUGGCUGGAUGCGGGGCGGAAGGGGCGGAAAGGGCGGCAGGGACGGAAAGUGCAGAGGCCAUGAGAGGAGAGACAGGCGACGCAGCGCCAGUGAGGGGAUUGGAGUUGCCGGGAUCAGUGGAGAGUGGCAGGGAGGUGCUAGCAGGGGGGCUGGAUCAGCUAACGAGGGCUGCAGGUUGUACGGACUCGUUAUUACUGGACCCGUUUGCACCUGCUCCCGCCGCUGCCCCUGCAGCUGUCCAUGUCCCUGUGUGUGCAGCAGCAGCAGCAGCAGCAGCAGCAGCUGACCUGGCAGCCCUUGAAGCAGCGGUGUCGCCAUUCCCCCUCCCCACCGCAACCCCUUUCUCUCCCACCACCCCUAGUCAGCCCGCCACCUUUCCCCCAUACGCUCUUGCCUCCGCCCCUCCCGCCGUUUCCUUCCCCUCCCCCGGGGGGGACAUUCAGGCGCACGGGGCGGAAGGCGGAGUAGGGGGAGAUGCGGGGGAAGGAUCGAGCGGGGCGGAGUGGGACAAGGCGGAGGGCGGAGAGCAGGCGGAGGAGGGCUCGUGGGCGCACGGGGGAGGGCUAGGCGCGCACAGCCUCCCUCUCCGCUUUCCCGGAUUAGAGGCGGCCUUUGCGUCCGCGUCGUCCGCGCCGAGUCCCGACGAAUUUCUCCGCCUGGUCGAGUUUCAGAACAACAUGAUGGGGAGUUCCGCGCACGAACUCCGCGCAGGCGCGCGCGGAAGCGGAUGGGGGGGCGCCGCCGGCGGCGGAGUGGCGGGAGAGGGCGCCGGAGGAAGGUACGGGGGCGGGGGCGGGAGGAGAGGCGGGGGAAACGGAGGGUUUGGAGGCGGAGGGGGAGGGGGUGGCGGGGGGCCGGGCGGAGGAGGGGAGGAGAAGCGGGCGGUGGGGUGGGACGCGGGGGUAAGCGGAGGGGAGGACGACGGAUGGGACGGCGCUGGGGCGAGGAAGGGGCGCAGGUGGAAAGGGGGGAGCGCGGGGGGGGAGAGUGAGGAGCGGGGCAGGCGGGUGGCGUGCCUGCAGAGCGCGUACGCGCAGCUGGAGGCGGAGAAGCGGCGGGGCGCGGGGGGAGGCGCGGAGCCGGGGUCCCUAGAAGAGCUGUUUAACGAGGCAGUUAGCUGCGGUGCCAGUGGACUGCUGCAGGGUCAAAUGAGGCGCAUGCUACGAGUUGACCUGGUCAACGUCUCCAUUGCCAUGCCCGCCUCCCUGCCCGCUUCCCACCCCCGCUCCCUCUCCUCUUCCCCCUCUGCCUCCGCCUCAUCUGCCCCCUCCGCGGCUGCUCGUGCCUCGCGCCAUUCCUCCAUCGCUGCCCCGCUGGCGGUGACGUGUGUGGAUGCGAAGCUGCACCCGGGGCGAGUGACGUCUGUGCUGGGUCCCACGGCCGGCAGGAGCGCGCUGCUGCAGGUGCUCUCAGGGCAGCAGAGCAGCAGUGUGGUGGUGGGAGGGCACAUAGCAGUGGAGGGCACGCCAGCAGCCAUGGCGUCGUACCGCGCGCUCAUAGGCUAUGUGUGUGCGGGCUCGCCGCUGCCCUGCCCGUUCCUCACGGUCGACGAGUACCUCUCCUUGCACGCACACAUGCGGUUGCCUGCAAGCAUGGCGCCGAGUGAGAGGCGGCUGAUCAUAGAGCGAACGCUCAUGGGCCUUGGUCUCGACCCCUGCCGCCACUGCCUCCUCGGCCCCCCUCCCCCUCCCGCCUGCACCUCCGCUUCCCCCGCGUCCCUGCCUCUCUUUGGGUCGGGCUUCGGCAUGGGGGAUAGUGGUGGUUGCAGCAGGAGAGGGUGGGGAGGGGGAGGAGCGGCAGCGGCAGCUGCUGCUGUCGGUGCGAAGUGGGGGGGAGUGGGGAGGGCAAGGGAGAGGGAGGAAGGGUUGGGUGGGGAUCAUAUGGUUGAUCUGCUAGCGGAUGGGAGAGGCGGGGUGCGAGGGGUGGGGGAGCAGCAGCAGUGGCAGGUGGCGGGAUGGGGGUUGACAGGAGAGCAGAGGCAGCUGGUGCUGGUGGCCGCUGAAUUGGUAUCAGAGCCGUCGCUCCUGCUGCUAGAUGAGCCAUUUGAUACGUUGAGUGAAGAGGUCACACGCACGCUCGUGCGCGUGCUGCUGCAGGAAGCGUCGAGAGGAGCGGCGGUAGCCGUAGCUGCGGCUCGGCCGAGCUUCAAGACGUUCCAGUCUUUUCACGACGCGAUUCUGCUCACUGCUGCUGGUGCUACUGCGUUUCACGGAUGCGUGGACAACGUACAGAGCCAUUUUGAAGGUUUGGGGUUCCUGCUUCCGGAUCGGGCCGACCCUGUGGAUUACUAUUUGGAUGUGCUGCGAGGCUCGGAGAAGUCCGAUGCUCUGCCGAACCUCACGCCGGCUGGCUUGGCGCUGGUGUGGCAGGAGAGGUCCAGGACGGGCCGUGGGAAGGAGGGCGGGGAGGGGGGAGAGAGGGAGUGGGGAUCGGAGGAGGGGCGGGGAGAGGGGGAGGAUGGGGAGGUGGUGGUGGGGAUGGGGGAUGGGGAGGGCGAGGGAGAGGAGGAUGAUGAGGGGGACGAGGGGGGAAUGGGAGGGGAGGAGGAGGAUGAUUCAGACAAUGGGGAACUCGGUAGAGGGGGUUAUGAUGGUGGUGGUGCUGGUGGUGGUCGUGGUGGUGGUGGUGGUGGUGGGGUGGGGGGAAGGGGUUUCAUUCUUAGUCCGGCGUGGGAUAGGCUGGGAGGAAGGACAGAGCGAAGGGGGUUCGGAGGAGGAGGAGGGGGAGGAACGGGAGGGAGAGCAGUGGACCUGUGGCGGCGAGUGGGGAGUGGAAGCAGCAGCAGGAGAGUAAGGCGGAGGAACAGUGGGAGCAGCGGGGGACGGAGGCAUUUAUCAGGGCUGCUGUCAGCUGGGAGAGGUGUGUACACACGAGGGUCUGAUGACCCGUAUUGGGCAGAGAGGGAGGAGAAGGAGAGGGACCAGAGAGGUGCUGCGACGGUGGCAGUGGCUGUGGCUGCAGGGGGAGGGAGCGGGUUUGGGCGAGGGGGAGGAGGCGGAGGGAGGGAUGGGUUGGGGGGGAAGCGGGCGCUGAAGAGUGCGCCGCUGCUGCUGGUGAAUGGGCUUGGCGGGGCGAGAGUGGGGGGGCAAGGGGGAGGCGGGUUCGGGGGGGAGAGUGAAGGGCGGCUGUCUAGUAACGCCUUGCAGCAACAGCAGCAUGAGGGGGAGAUGGGGGACGAGGAGGAGAGGAUGGAGGUAGGGGCAGUAGGUGUGUCUGUACCUGGUGAUUGUGGCGAUGGGAGUUGCUGUGAAGGAGAUGAGAGAGGAGGAGGAGGAGGAGGAGGAGGAGGAGGAGGGGGGUAUGAGGGGGAGGGAGUUGGCAGUGUGGGGAGGUCAGAGAGCAUGGAGGAGGAGGAGGAGGAACUUAGGGAGAGUAGUUACUCCCACACGCAGUCUCGCGCGUGGUCCUCCUCCCACACUCACUCUCGCACGAUCUCUCGCACGACGUCUCGCACUCCCUCGCAGGCACCCUCGCAGGCACCCUCUUACACCCCGUCGCGCGCAUCCUCUCGCUCCGCCCGCGCACGCUCGCACACUCGCUCCCGCUCCGCCACGGGACUAACCAACCUGUUGGGUGGCAUUCCCUUAGAGUUCUUUUUAGAUAGCAAUAACAACCAUAACAUCCAGAGCAACGCCAGUGCCAAGGAUAAGGCGGGUGAGCUGAAGGGGAGAGACAGGGACGGGAAGGAGGACGCAGGGGGGAAGGAGGAAGGGGUGGGGAGACGGGGUGGGCCGCGCGGGGUGCUGGGGAGCGUUGGGAUGGUGGUGGGGGAGGUGGUGAGGGAGGGGAUGGAGGAGGUGCGGUGGCAGGCGGUGGUGCAAUGGGAGAGGGCGAGGGCGCUGUUGUCGUGGCGACGGGGGAAGGAUCUGUCAGACCGAACGAGGAGGGGAGCAGGCCGGCAGUUUGGAGCGGUGCUGGGCAGGAGUGUGAGGGAGCACUCCCGUGCUGCGCCCUUCAUCCUCUCAGCUCUCCUCCUCGCGCUCACUGCCAUCCUCGCCCUCGCUGCACUCUGGUCGCUGCUGCUCACCUCGCUCCCCUCGCCCUCCGCCCUCCUCCAACCCACCGCCGACCUCUGCCUUGUUCUUGUGCUCUCCUCCGUGCUUGUGCCACUCGCCUCGCCCCUACUCGCCAUCACAAGCAUAGCACCCAUCGCCUCCUCUCUCAACAUCCCCCCCAUCCUCCCCUUCCUCGCUGCUGACCUCCUCUCCACCCUCCUCCUCGCCCUCCUCCCGCUGCUGCUCCUCCCGCCUCUCCUGCUCUUCUUCCCCUUCUCCGCUAUCCUCGCCUCCUUUGGCCCCUCGCUUGCGGUGGCCCUCUGCCUCGUGCUGUGCUCCUCGGGCCUGCACACGUUUCUUCUCAGCUUCCUCUCCCGCCGCAGAGCAGCAAUGGUCGCCCUGGUGCUGUGCCUAGCAGCGUACUUUGCGACGCUGGUGCCGGUGGCGCCGGCAGCGCGCAGUGGGGGAGUGAGGGCGUGGCUGCAGUGGCUCAGCUUCCUGCAGUGGGCCGUCAAGGGGCUGCUGGCAGGGGCCGUCAGCAACCAGUUCACAGGAGUGUGGUUGCCGGUGCGAUGUGCGUUCACAUCAGCCAUGCAGUGGAGCGUGGUGGGGUCAUGGCAGUCUGCUGCUGCUGCUCUCGCACUCGCUGCUGCGCUGCUGCGACUGAUGGGUUAUGCCAUUGUUACUGCUAGAGGAGCCUGGGGGCCUGGGCCUGAUCAAUUUGCGUGA